UUGUUAUUUGUUAUUUGUCUAUGUGACAGUGGAACUGAAACGCGAACAGAUAAUUUGAUUUUGCGUGCAACGAAGGCACAUAGGAAAUUAAAUAAAUUGUUUUUCAUUUGGUGAACAGUAACAACAGGACUGCGUGAUCAUGUCAAGUCCACCAGAUCAAGUUGAUGGAUUUUUCAGCUUUAUAUCGGCAAUUGACUGGACAGAUCCAUGGCUCAUGGUGUUAGUUGCUGUUCAUUUGAUUAUGACAGUGACAGUUUUGCUAACCAGAAAUAGAGCAAACAUUCAAGCACUUCUGUUCAUUGUGAUGUUGUUCUCUGUUUACUUUUCCGAAAAUAUAAACAUGUAUGCUGCACAGCGAUGGAGGUCAUUCUCCAAGCAACAGUACUUUGACAGUAAAGGAAUGUUCAUAUCAAUUGUAUUCUCGAUCCCAAUGCUAUUCAAUUGUAUGAUCAUGGUGGCCAAUUGGCUGUGGCAGUCUUCAGAGUUGCUAGCUCGUGUUAAGGCUGCACAAAUGAGGCAAAUGAUGCGCCAGAAUACUGUUUUGGCCAACAGUAGUACUACAGAGCAGGUCAAGAAGACCGACUGAGCAGGACACAAUGAUAGUGAUGCUGCUUAUUCCUUGUGAGAAUCAAAAGACUUCACUAACAGUGAUUUGAGUGUUGAUCAGAGCCCAAUUUUUCUUUAUUGUAAUGAUUUUUUGUAUUGUGAAUUAAAGAUGAAAAUGCUUGCUAAUCAGAA